AGUUCGUGAUUCCGGGUGUCAAAGUGUCUUCACUCGCAGAGCGUGUUUUGUGCCGGUUUUCGCGUGUUUUAUUGUGAGAGAAUGCUGAAGAAAGUGCCACUGGUUGUGAUACUCGGGUCCACGGGCACGGGCAAGACGAAGCUCUCGCUGGAGUUGGCCAAGAAGUACGGUGGGGAGAUCAUCAGUGCAGACUCCAUGCAGGUGUACAGAGGCCUCAACAUCGCCACAGCCAAAGCCACGACAUCUGAGCAGCAAGUUGCGCAGCACCAUCUUCUAGAUGUGGCUCAGCCUGGAAUUCUCUACAGCGUGAUGGAUUUCAGAAAUUCAGCACAUCCAAUUAUAAAUGAUCUGUUGACGCGAAAUAAAAUGCCAAUUGUUGUUGGUGGGACAAAUUACUACAUUGAGAGUCUUCUAUGGAAGGUUCUCAUAACAACAUCGACCAAUUCACCGUCAACGAGCCAAGAGUGCGGAGUGAAGAGGAAAUUGGACAAUAGUGACAGUGAAUCAGACGAUACAUUCCACCUAGACACCAUUAGGAGAUUGACUGAAGAAGAAAUGGGCGCGAUGGAAUCAUGCGAUCUUCACAAAUGUCUCCAGCAGAUUGACCCAAUUACAGCCAAUAGAUUGCAUCCCAACAAUAAGAGGAAAAUAAUUAGAGCUAUUGAGAUAUUCAAUAUGAGCGGAAAGGCCAUGAGUUUUCUGUUGGAUGAGCAAAGAAGUCAAGACGGUGGAUCGAAUCUUGGUGGACCGCUGAGAUACAAGAAUGUGAUUCUCUUCUGGAUGCAAUGCGAACAGGAAGCUCUGAAUAGACGUCUCGAUUCGCGAGUUGACUCAAUGCUGGAAGCUGGUCUUUUGGCAGAAAUAAGAGAAUUUCAUGAGAAUUUCGUGAAGCCAUUCAAUGAUACAAAAUAUACGAAAGGAAUUCUGCAGACGAUAGGAUUUAAAGAAUUUAUUCCAUACCUGGAGAAAUUCUCUAAUGAAGAGGACAAAAGGAUUCUUCAUUACUGCAAAGAAGACAAAAAGGAGGAAGAAAAAAAUGUGCCGCAAGGACUCGAAAUCCUAACCAAGUGCCUAGAAGAAUUGAAAAUGGUCACGAGGCGGUACUCGAAGAGGCAAGCAAAAUGGGUUCGAAAUCGAUUUCUUGGAAAUCUCAGUCGCGAUGUACCAGCGCUGUAUAAAUUGGACACAACAGACCCGUCAAAAUGGCAAGAAGUUGUCUAUGAGCGAGCGGAAGAAGUAAUUGAGGCCUUCAUGGCUGAUAGAAUACCAAAAAUUGAGCCAGAAAAACGAUUUCCGGGACUUAGAGAGGGACUCAAUGAAGAGGUCAGCAAUUUUUGUGAAACUUGCGACAGGGUUUUCGUCGGUGAAUUUCAGUGGGAAAUUCAUCUGAAAUCCAACAAGCACAAGAGGAUGGCGAAGAAGAAGGCAAGAACAGACAAAUAAAAGUGGAUUUUACAUUACUCGUGGUAAAUUUCUCUUUAUUUUUCUUAUGUCUUUUCCUUUUUGUUUGCGUAAUUUACAUUGUGGUUAAUACUAAAACUUUUUUUUACAGUUAUAACAUUUUUUAAGUUCAGUUUCUUCUCAAUGAAAGUAAUCCAACAACAAUUAUAGUUUUCCAUGUUUUUCUUUAUGUAUAUUUUUUUUCUUUUCGCAAUAUAUAGAGUUAUGUAAUGGUUAUGUACAUGAGUGAAACAUUUUAAAUAUAUCUUCUGAAAAAAAGGAGAAAAACACCCGUAAGUUGCAAACUGAACGGUUUAAGUGACUUUCUGAAGGGUUCCUUGAAAGUUCAUUUUAGGCUUGAAACGAAUAUUUUUGUCCUACACAAAAUUAUUGUUCUAUUUCUGUAGAUU